AAAUAGAAAUACAGGAGAAAAAGAAGUGGCUAAAGUAGGUUCUAUAUUAUUAUUUAAACAAUUAGUUAGUGUGAAUCGAGUCAUUUGAUAACUAACAACUGCAAGCAUGAAAACAUUGGCUCCAGUCACUGCAAUGAUUCUCAUUCAAUUAGCUUAUGGAGGAUCAAACAUCCUCAUCAAAAUUGCUCUUGAGAAGGGAUUGAAUCAACUCGUCUUUGUGGUUUAUCGCCAUUUGAUUGCCAUGAGUUUGUUGGGCCCGUUUGCUUAUGUUCUUGAAAGGAAGCAGCGGCCUUCAAUUUCAGUAGCAGUGAUGACCAAGAUUUUUGUGCUAGCAUCAUUAGGUACAACCAUCCAUCUAAACGUGUACUAUGCCGGAUUAGCAUAUACUUCUGCAACGGUUGCAAGCGCACUGAGUAACGUUAUCCCAAGUUUAACGUUCCUAAUGGCGGUUGUGUUAAGGAUGGAGAAAGUGAACAUUAAGAGCGGUAGGUCAGGAUGGGCAAAGUUACUAGGCACCACUCUUUGCGUGGCUGGAUCUCUCAUUUUCACCUUCUGGAAAGGAGGAGGAUUUCUUUAUAAAAGCUUUGAGCAGCGGCCAUUGAUACUGAUGGAUAGCAUUCAAAAGCAUUCUCCUGAAAACUGGAUCAAAGGAUCUGCUCUCAUCAUCGGCAGCCACGUAGCAUGGAGCGCUUGGCUAAUUCUCCAGCCUCUGGUUUACAAAGAGUACCCGGCUUGCUUAUCACUCACCACUCUCAUAUGCUUUUUUGCAUCGAUUCAGUCUUCUUUGCUUGCCCUCUUUUUUGGACGAAAUCCUUCCCUCUGGAAGUUGGACUGGAAUUUGCAGCUCCUUACCAUCAUAUAUUGUGGAGUUGUGAUCUCAGCAUUGACCAACUACGUACAGACAUGGUGUAUUACCAACAAGGGCCCAGUUUUUGCAGCCAUGUUUAGUCCACUGCUCCUAAUAAUCGUUGGAGUUUUCUCGGCGGUUGCUUUUGCAGAGAGACUUCAUGUGGGGAGCUUGAUAGGAGCACUAGUUAUCAUACUGGGCCUUUAUUGUGUAAUUUGGAGCAAAAGGCAAGAUGAUGUUACUGCCCUGCAGCCGGAGGAAGGAAAUGCUUUUGUUUCUAAUGAUAGACCAGUGGAGAUUAGUCAUGGACAUGCAAAUCUUAAAUAAGUACAUGGAAGGGAAACUUAAGACUGCCACUUCCCUCCUCGUAACUGAAGCAUACAGGAUGUCUUAAAAUAACAUGGUGUCACAUGUUUAGUGUUUACAAUGUUACACUAUUCUACUUUAAUCGUGUACUACUGUAAUCUAAAUCGUUUAUUCUGAUGAACGAAGGUCAAUUAUGUAAUUUCGGUAGCCUUUGUAGCUAAACUAUCGGAGGAAGGGGAGGUUGGAGGACAUCAAACGGAUUAGAGUUUUCACAGAACUGGAGGAGGUUCGAAAAUGAACAUUUGAAUAUUUCAUGCACAUGGGUCAGUGGAUUACAAGGGAUCCACCACAAACAGAAACCCAUCAGAUUCAGUGGGUUAAUUGCCCACUAAAUUAUUUGCCUAAUAGUAAUCCACUGUUGCUGUUAUGGCCACAAGGGAAAGAGGCACCAUUUCAAAAUCCAACUAUUAAAUCUUGUACCAUUUGCUCUAAACUAAACUAACGUUUUAAAA